GCCCUGAUGAUCGCGGAGUGCUGAGGUCUGCAGGAGAGAGGAGGGUGCUCAGGCAUUCAAGGGGUGCUCUGCAAAGCGGGGCGCUGGGGAUGUGGCUGCUGAGGAGAAACUGAGGGACGGCAGGUCUGAGCACGGCCGACGAAACCUGGACGUUGACAGCAGCGAGUAGCUUCUUCCUCCAGACAAUCCCCACUUCAGACUUGCAGAAUCAGAAUCUGCACUUACAGAGCUGGUUGGAAUCAGAACCCAAAUAUGAUUCAGUGCUGACACUGCUGUGAUUGGAUGAUAUACCUUAUCUACCAUUUUCAUUAAUAACUGCCAUUGAGAGGAACCAAAGUAAAAAAUAUUUGCUAUAUUUGAUACUUGCAGCUCAGAUUGGAGACACUUGUGGUAAAAAUGGAAAGCACGAUGAUUUCAGAGAAAAUGUCACAGUUAAUUUUGAGUGAAAUGCCAAAAGCUGAAUAUUCCAGUAUAUUCAAUGAUUUUGUUGAAUCUGAAUUUUUUGUGAUUGAUGGAGAUUCAUUACUUAUCACACAUAUAUGUGAGAAAUCUUUAAAGCCAGGGCAGAAUCUCCACUUCUUCUAUCUGAUUGAACACUAUUUUGUGGAUAUUAUUAGUAAAGGAGGACAGUUUGCCAUAGUUUUUUUCAAGGAUGCAGAGGAUGCAUAUUUCAGCUUCCCUGAACUUCUUUCUUUGAGAACUGCUUUAAUUCUUCAUCUUCAGAAUAAUACUACCAUUGAUGUUCGAACUGAAUUUUCUGGAUGCUUAUCAGAGGAGUGGAAAAUUUUCUUGGAAGAGAGUUGCCCAUAUUUCCUAAUAGUUGCAGAUGAAGGCCUUAACAGUCUACAAACACAACUUUUCAGCUCUUUAAUCAUUCAGUCUUGGGCAAUGAAGGUCAAUGUUGUGCUUUUCUCAGGGCAAGCAUCUAAUAUUCUUCGACUUUACGCAUACUUUUUGCCAAGCAUGAACAGAAACCAGAUAUUUUUCAAGGAGAAUAAAAACAAGAUUGAAGAUGCUUAUAAAACCCUGCUUAAACAGUUGAAUAACUGUAGAGAUUCUGCAAUAUCAUCUCUUUUUGGAAAUUUAAAAUGGGAAAAUAUGAUGGAAGAGGCAUGUGAGACUAUAUUGCUGCUGAAGCAACUCUGGCCAGAAGGAUCUGACAUUCGGCGUGUCCUUUGUGUUACUUCAUGCUCAUUGUCUUUAAGAAUAUACCAUAACUUUUUAGAAAACAGAAAGAAGACCACCUCUAACCAGAAAAGUAACGUCAAGCAGAUGGGAAGUAAUUGCUUAACCCUGCAGGAGAUGGAAGAUUUAUGUAAACUGCAUUGUCUCAGUGUGGUUUUUCUACUCCACCUACCUCUUUCUCAAAGAGCGUGUACUAGAGUCAUCACUUCUCGCUGGAUUAAUAACAUUCAGACUUCAUUAAAAAUGAAAAGGUGGUGUGAAUAUUUCAUCCUAAGUAAUAUAAACAUUUUUGAAUUUUGGAAUAUGAAUUUAACUCACCUGCCUGACUUAAGUGAUGAGCCUUUACUGAAGAAUAUUGUUUUUUACUAUGAAAAUGAGACUGUACAAGGGCUGCAUUUGGAUUUGGGAAAAGUCAUUAUGAAGGAUUAUGAACAUCUCUGGGAUACCGUAUCAAAGUUAGUCGGAAAGUUUGAUGUUGGAAAGCCAUUUCCUUUGAGAACAACAAAACUUCAUUUUCUUGGAAAUAAUCCAUCACCAAUCAGAGACAGCUCCAAGAAAAAGAUGCCUAAUUUGGGUUUUAUUCCAGUGUCAUCUAAGGUGGUUGAUAAGUUCGCUGGAGACAUUUUGAAAGAUUUGCCAUUCCUAAAGAGCAACGAUCCUAUUGUUACUUCACUGAUUAAACAAAAGGAAUUUGAUGAACUCGUGCACUGGCAUUCUCACAAACCCCUUAGUGAUCAUUACGACAGGACAAAGUGUCAAUUUGAUGAAAAAUCUAGAGACCCUCGUGUUCUUAGAGCUGUGCAAAAGUAUCAUGUUUUUCAACGAUAUUAUGGGAAUUCAUUAGAAUCAGUGUCUUCCAAAAUCAUCGUGACUCAAGCUAUUAAGCCAAAGAAGAAUUUUAGUGGACCCAAGAGCAAAAAGUCACAUGAGACCAAGACUGAGGCGAUUAUUAGAGAGAAUAAGAAGAGGUUAUUUGCCAAGGAAGAACAGAAAGAAGAGCAAAAAUGGAAUGCUCUGUCAUUUUCUAUUGAAGAGGAAAUGGAAAACAAUUUAAACUCUGGAAUAAAGAACUUGGAAGAUUUUUUGAAAUCAUGUAAAAGUAAUUCAGUGAAAUUUCAAGUUGAAAUGGUAGGGUUAGCUGCCUGCUUGAAAGCGUGGAAAGAACAUUGCCGAGGUGAAGGUGAAACCACAAAGGAUUUAGGUAUAGCUGUUCAAAUGAUGAAAAGGAUCCAUUCCUUGAUGGAAAAAUACCCAGAACUUUUGCAAGAAGCAGAUCGGCAUCUCAUAGUCAGAUGCCUUAAGUAUUUAGGAUUUGAUGAGUUGGCAAGUUCUUUAUAUCCAACCCAGGAUACAGGAGAUGACAUAAAGAAGAGGAAAAAGAAUAAAUAUUCAAUUGGCAUUGGACCAGCUAGGUUUCAACUACAAUACAUGGGCCAUUAUUUGAUACGAGAUGAGAGAAAUGAUCCAGAUCCCAGGGUCCAGGACUUUAUUCCUGACACAUGGCAGCGAGAGCUCCUCGACGUUGUGGAUAAUUAUGAGUCAGCAGUGAUUGUUGCCCCAACGUCCUCAGGCAAAACCUAUGCUUCCUACUACUGCAUGGAGAAAGUGCUGAAGGAGAGCGAUGAAGGGGUGGUUGUGUAUGUUGCACCCACAAAGGCUCUUGUUAAUCAAGUGGCAGCAACUGUUCAGAAUCGUUUUACCAAAAAUCUGCCAGGUGGUGAAGCUCUAUGUGGUGUUUUUACAAGGGACUACCGUCAUUAUGCCCUAAACUGUCAGGUGCUUAUUACAGUUCCUGCCUGCUUUGAAAUUCUGCUGCUAGCUCCUCAUCGCCAACACUGGGUAAAAAGGAUCAGAUAUGUUAUAUUUGAUGAGGUCCAUUGUCUGGGUGGAGAAAUUGGAGCAGAAAUCUGGGAACACAUCCUUGUCAUGAUCCGAUGUCCCUUUUUGGCUCUUUCAGCUACCAUAAGUAACCCUGAACAUCUCACUGAGUGGCUACAAUCAGUGAAACAGUACUGGAGACAAGAAAAUAAUAGAAUGGAAAAAAAUAUUGCUUCUAAGAGAAAUGCUGGCUAUCAUGCCAGUGUUCCCAAAGACUACCUGCAAUUAAAACAAUCAUAUAAAGUUAGACUUGUGCUCUAUGGAGAGAGGUACAAUGAUUUAGAGAAGCAUAUAUGUUCAGUAAGACAUGGUGACAUUCAUUUUGAUCAUUUUCACCCAUGUGCUGCACUAACGACAGACCAUAUUGAAAAAUACGGAUUCCCUUCUGAUCUUACUCUUUCACCUCGAGAAAGCAUCCAGCUUUAUGAUACCAUGUUUCAAACCUGGGAAAGUUGGCCCCGGGCCCAGGAACUGUGUCCAGAGAACUUCAUUCAUUUUAAGAAUAAAUUAGUAAUUAAAAAGUUAGAUGCCAGAAAAUAUGAAGAGAGCUUAAAGGAAGAAUUAACAAGAUGGACUAAAGAAGGCAAUAUACAGGAGGUUAAAAUGGUACUGGAAAAUCUUAGUCCUGAUUUGGAUUUUAGUUCAGAAAAUAUGGUAAAAAUGUUUCCAUUUUUCGUUGAAAAGCUAAGAAAAAUGAACAAGUUACCUGCACUAUUUUUUUUAUUCAAACUAAGAGAUGUAGAAGAAAGAGCUAAAAGUGUGAGCACUUUCCUGGAAGAAAAGCAGGAGAGAAAAAGGCCUCCCAAAGCUGAUAAAGCAGCCCAUGACAUAGCGAACAAACUUCGGAAAGUUAAAAAGUCCAUGGACAAACAAAAGAUAAUAGAUGAAAAAAGCCAGAAAAAAACCAGAAAAAUGGACCAAAGCCUAAUACAUGAAGCUGAACAUGAUAAUCUACUGAAGAGUCUAGAGAAGAACCUGGAAAUCCCUCAGGACUGCACCCAUGCUGAUCAAAAAGUGAUAGAUGCUGAGACUUUGCAGAUGGUGUUUGAUCGAGUAAAAUUUCAAAGAAAAGGUGCAGAACUGAAAGCUUUGGCAGAAAGGGGUAUUGGAUACCAUCACAGAUCUAUGAGCUUCAAAGAAAAACAGUUAGUUGAAAUUCUCUUUAGAAAAGGAUUUAUCAGGGUGGUGACAGCUACUGGGACACUUGCUUUAGGAGUCAACAUGCCUUGUAAAUCUGUGGUUUUUGCUCAAAACUCAGUCUAUCUGGAUGCUUUAAAUUACAGACAGAUGUCUGGUCGUGCUGGAAGACGAGGUCAAGACCUGUUGGGAGAUGUAUAUUUCUUUGAUAUUCCAUUGCCCAAAAUAGGAAAACUCAUAAAAUCUAAAGUUCCUGAGCUGAGAGGACAGUUCCCUCUGAGCAUUUCCCUGGUCCUGCGACUCAUGCUACUGGCCUCCAAAGGAGAUGACCCAGAGGAUGCCAUGGCAAAGGUGCUGUCAGUGCUAAAGCAUUCAUUGCUGUCCUUCAAACGCCCCAGAACCGUGCACAUGUUAAAACUUUACUUCUUGUUUACUCUGCAGUUCCUGGUGAAGGAGGGCUAUUUAGAUCAAGAAGCCAAUCCUAUGGGGUUUGCUGGACUUGUAUCACAUUUGCAUUAUCAUGAACCUUCUAAUCUUGUUUUUGUCAGUUUUCUUGUAAAAGGCCUUUUUCACAAUCUUUGUCAGCCAACCAGUAAAGGUUCAAAACAUUUUUCUCAAGAUGUUAUGGAAAAGUUGGUGUUAGUAUUGGCACAUCUCUUUGGAAGGAAACAUUUUCCAUCAAAGUUCCAAGAUGCUAACCUCAAGUUUUAUCAAUCAAAGGUGUUCCUUGAUGAUCUCCCUGAGGAUUUCAGUGAUGCUUUACAUGAGUAUAACAUGGCAGUUACAAAGGAUUUUGCCUCUUUCCUACUUAUUGUUUCCAAACUGGCUGAUAUGAAACAGGAAUAUCAACUCCCUUUAUCAAAAAUCAAUUUCACAGGUAAUGAGUGUAAAGACUCCCAGCUUGUGUCUCAUUUGAUGAACUGCAAGGAAGGAAGAGUAGCCGUUUCACCAUUUGCUUGUCUCUCUGGGAACUCUGACUGUGAUCUGCUUCAACCAGAUACUCCAAACCAUGUCAUUCUACGUACAAUUGGUAUUGAUCACACUCAAGCUCCUGUGCUGCAGUCCCAGAAAUUUGAUAGCCGUGGAAGAAGAUUAUCACUUAAUGCUUAUGCGCUUGAUUUCUACAAACACGGUUCAUUGGUAGGAUUAGUCCAGGAUAACAGGAUGAAUGAAGGAGAAGCUUACCUUUUGUUGAAAGAUUUUGCACUCACCAUUGAAGCUAUCAGUGUUUCCUUGCGUGAACUAUGUGAAGAUGAAGGUGACAGUGUUGUCUUAGCAUUUGAACAACUUAGUAAAACCUUUAUGGGAAAACUUGAAAAAGUCUAAAAACAAAGUCUAUGAAAAACACUUAAAAUAUCACCAUAGGAGUUUUACGUGUCAACUUUUGAUUCUCCUGUGUUGUGCAUCUAUGAUGAAGUGGAAAGAGCAAGCCCUUUGGACUCAAACAGAGUUGCAGUCACACCUGCCAUGUUCCAUCAGAAGUACACUUGGACAUAUUGUUUACAAUAUUUGAAUGUUAGUUUCUGUUUUUAGUUGAGUAUUUACACUUACACCUCUGGUAAGUUUGAGAACUGAAUAAGAAAAUGCAAACAUUUUGUAUGUAUGUGACUGAAGAACAACUUUUAAUCUGUGAGGCCUAAAAACAUAUUAUAUUCUUAAUAUUCUUCUUCUCAGUGUCAAGAUUUGUAAAAAGCCUUAAAAAAAUUAUUAUGGUACCCUGAAGGAAAAAUAUAUUCUCUCCAAUUAACAUAAAUGUGAUUACAUGAUGUAGAUAUAUGCUUAUUCAAACACUACCUUCUAGUAAACUUAAACUACUUUUUGAAAAUAUAAAUGAAAAAUGUCUAUGAAAAAAUGCUCAACAUCACUAGUCAUCAGGGAAAUGCAAAUUAAAACCACAUUGAGAUAUCAUCUUUCCCCAGCUAGAUUGGCUAUAAUAAAAAAGACAGAGAAUAACAAAUACUGUUGAGGACAUGGAGAGAAAGGAACACUCCUACACUAUUGUGUAAAUUGGUACAACCACAAUGGAAAACAAUAUGGAGUUUUCUCACACAACUACAGAUGAAUCUUCUAGACGAUUCAGCAGUCCCACUUCUGGGUAUAUACCCAGAGGAAUGGAAAUCAUCAUGUAGAAGAGAUACCUGCACUCCCAUGUUCAUCACAGCUCUGUUCACAAUAGCCAAGACAUGGAACCAAGCUAAAUGUCCAUUGAUGGACGACUGGAUAAGGAAAAUGUGGUACACAUACACCAUCGGAUACUACUCUGCUAUAAAAAAGAAUGAAAUUCUCCCAUUUGCAGCAACAUAGAUGAACUUGGAGAAACUUAUGUUGAGUUAGUAAGCAAAGCACAGAGGAAUAAAUACUGUAUGUACUCACUCAAAUGUGGGAGAUAAGAGAGAAAGAAGGAAGGAAAGAAAGACCACAGUGGUGCGCUGGACUUGCAGAGGGAGAGAACAUACCCGGGGAUACAAAGUGGAGUGGGGAAAGGGGGAUGGGAGGAGGUCGGGGAUAAUUGGGUGGGGGACACAGGGUAUAACCACAAUUUGUGGUAAUGGGCAUGCUGCCAGUAUGGAUCUGGCUUUCACAUCUUAAGCACAAGUGGUGACAAUUGCUUUGUACCCCAUGAAUAUUUAUAACCAAUAAAAAUAAAUAAAUAAAUAAAAGGAAAAUAUAAAUGAGAGCUUUGGUAUCACUUUUGUGAUGCUUUAAAAGAAAACAUAUUGCUCAUGAUUUGCUUUAUUUGAGUUGUAUUUGUUUAAUUGUAUAUA